UAUUACAGUCAAUUUUUUAUAUUCUUAUAUAUUUCUGAUAUUUAUAUGCGAGGGGAUACUGUACAAAAAUUAUAUAUUUUAUUAUCAAAUUCAAAAAGAUAAGUUAGUGCAGCAAAAUACCUCUGAAUAUAUUAUGCUUAUUAGACUUCUGGUAAUACUACUCUGUGCAUUUGUUUCAAGUGAACAAAAUGAAAAUACACAAAGAUUUUACAGUUCUAGAGCAAGAAGCUCAACUACAGUGGCAAGCUGCACUAACUGUGGAACAACCACAACUGAGACAACUACUUCAAAGCCAAAAAGCCAUGCUGAUCUGCGAAUGUUUCAUCAAAUGGUAGAAUAUUAUUUGCUGUCCAAUCUCGAUUCUGAAGUAAGUCCAACUUGGAGUAACCACACUUCAGCACCAGAUUAUAUGAUCCGUUUAUACCAGUAUAUGACAUCAAAGAAACAAAAGAAUAUUCAUUGGAAGUCAUCACCUCGUGAAGCUAUUCGUGGAUAUUACAUCAUUGAUGAAAAAUCUACACUGCAAAAUUUGGUGUUCAAUGUAAGUUGCCAACCUCUUAAUGAAACAAUAACUCAUGUGGAAUUAGUUCUCUCUCGAUGUUCUUCAACAUUAGAGCCAUUAGAUUCCACAGGAUCUCAACUUAAAAGUAUAACAUCAGAUGUUAACAUGACUAUUUCCAUGGCGAUGGAUGGAUCACAACCAAUUGACAGUGUUUUUGUCCAAGUUUCCCUGAGAAGCAAUUCUUCCUUUUAUGUAAUGAACGUCACUGAUAUGGUUUUGCAAAGUUUUGCUCUGAAGAAGACCUUAUUAAACUUCACUAUAGAAUCUUCUCUUUUGCUGAAUCCCCAAAAUGAUUCCUGCUUGUUUGAAAGAACAAAUAGGAAGUGCCCUCUUUUGGUUAUAUACGAAAACAUUGAACCAUUUAAUAUAAGCAGCAAUAAUCUUCGCAAGAAACGUCGUGUACAAUCUGCAUCAGAAAUACCACUCCAAGAUACAACAACGAGAGCUAAUGGCACUAUAAAUGCAAGUACAACACCACCAUCGAAUUCUUCAGAAUCAGUUCAAGUCAAUUGCCAUUUAACUUCAUGGUAUGUUAGCUUUGCAGAAAUUGGUUGGCAUAAUAUAAUUUAUGCACCUGUAGGAUACAAUGCUAACUAUUGUUCUGGAAAAUGUCCAACAAACUUGGAGCAAAUUAACGCAACUAACCAUGCAUUAAUGCGCAGCAAAUAUGCAAUUGUUGCUACUCUCGACCCUAGUAUUCCAGCGCCAUUUUGUGUUCCCGUCCAAACGAGUGCAUUGACUAUGCUUUAUCGAGACAAACAUAAUGUAACCAUAUCAAAACGGUUUGGUGACAUGGUGGCUGUCCAGUGUGCGUGUUUGUAAAAUGUUUCAUUGAAGCUGUAUCUAGCAUUACUGCAUGCGUAGCUGUUAAAAACAAUUAGGAUGUUGUUGUUGUUAUUGCUGUUGUUGGUAGUGGUGGUGGUGAUGAUGGUGGUGGUGGUGGUGGUGGUGGUGGCGGUGAUGAUGAUGAUGAUGACGAUGGUGAUGAUGAUGAUGGUGGUGGUGGUGGUAGUGGUGGUGGUGGUGAUCAUCAUCAUCUUCACCACCACCACCACCACCACCAACAACAACAACAACAACAAACCCUUCACAACUAAUUGUUUUAGCAUCCACUUUUCCAGAUGGAGUUUGUUAAGGUACAUUUUAUGUAUGGGCGGCUGCCUUUCCUGUCACCAAUCCUCACCUGUUUCCAAGCAAGGUAAUAUUUCCCCCUUGGCCAGACAUGUCCAAGCAGAUCAUUGGAAAUCAAUGACUCUGCUUGUUUGACAGUGACACUCAUUUAUAAACAUCAUGCAAUGUCAAGACAAGAAGACACACACCCACUGACACCUACAUACCCACACAUGCAGACAUACAUACAUAAUAUAUAUAUAUGUAUCAUCAUUAUCAUCAUCAUCAUCGUUUAACGUCCGCUUUCCAUGCUAGCAUGGGUUGGACGAUUUGACUGAAAACUGGUGAACCAGAUGGCUACACCAGGCAAUAUAUAUAUAUCUAUAUCUAUCUAUCUAUCUAUCCAUCCAUCCAUCUAUCUAUCUAUCUAUCUAUCUAUCUAUCUAUCUA